AUGGCAGAGAUCAUUCCCAUGAAGGAUUCCUGUCGCCCGGGAACGAGGAACUUUGGACGGGCCUCUGCGAGGACGAAGACCGCGGGGCAUGUGCCGCAGCCAUUUGACAGCGAGAAGGUGCCGUUGAUACUGGAGUUCGAGGUCCGGAGGUUCCUUCGCGUCGCCAACCAAAUUGAGGCCGAGUCCCCUCGUGCUGCCUAUCUCUGUGAGCUACUCAUAAUUGUAGCCCCCCGACCGAUGACUGAUCGUAUUAUGUUUAUUCAAACUGAUCUUUCUCUGUAAUUGUGAGCCUUCACGCUUCAAACCGUUUUUUCUUGUCUUCUGGGUCGCCAACAUGAAGUAGAGACUGCACUGAUUAUGGUCGACUUGUUUUUGGCGACUCACACGUCCUCUUCUUCUAUCUGGUUUACCCCAUUUCUGUCUCUUCGCUUCAUUAUCAUCCCAUUCUUCGUGGACUCCUCAAUUCACCUUCGGAGCCGCUACAACAACACCUAUUGCGCUAGGACUUUUGUAAUUCGAUGUCCCUUCAUCGCCGUAAAAUCUGUAAAUCCUGAUGAAUGCUCUUUUACCUCUUCAAUGUAUGUUUCCCAAUAUCAUGUAAUAUCGUCCGAAGUAUUUUUCUCUUAAUUCGAAACAUAAAGCACUCUUCUUGCUUGUUGCACGUAAUUUGAACCUUACUUCUCCUCCUGUCUUUAUUGUUUUCUCUGUGUUUCUUUGAUUCUCAUUCUAUCUUUUUUGUAGACUUCAAAAUGGACCAAUAAAUCGAUAUGCUUGAAAAAAAUCCAGUUUUUCUGUACAAGUUUAUUAAUUUCAGAAAGUUUCUCCGGCACGCUAGAGACUAGGCCUUUUAUGUUCUUUACUCGUUUUGCUGCGAUUUUUUCUAUAUUGGAAGUCCAUAUUCAUGGUGCUCAGUAUCAUGUAUCUUCCUUUGGAAAUUUCAAUUAUUUUGCUUGUGUUGAACAGGUCGGGUCCAUGCUUUUGAAAGAGCUCAUAGCAUGGACAAAAACUCAAUUGGGCGUGGCGUACGACAGUUCAAAACUGCUCUUCUUAAGCAUCUUGAGCAGGUGGGCUUUCUGUCUUUGAAUAAAAUUGCAUUGAUACUAGGAACAUUAGUACCCUUAUUUUACCAGAUUUUUGAAAGCUUUAUGCAGAAAAACGAAAAUUUAUAAUUCAUCAAAUUUUACUGUGAUAGAAUAAAUGGAAUGAUAAAUAAAAUCUGGACACUUCAUCCGUGUACAUUCAAAUACAUUUGGAAAUAAAAAAAGGGGCACACUAAAGGGCCUGAGAUAAGGAAAUGAAGAUAGGUCGCUUUACUCAAGAGGUUCUGUUGGAGAAAGGCUACUCUUUUCAUCCACAUGAAGAAAGCAGAGUGGCACUACGUGAUGAAAAAAAUGAAGAGAAGACUGCAGGCAGUUAGUCCAGAGGCUCUUCAUUUUACUGUCUUUUGUAUAUAUAUAUAUAUAUGUUUACUUUUUUUUCAUUUUGAUUGGUUAAAUGUUCCCAUGAUGAUCUUGAGAAGAAAUUAUUUCGAACAAAAAAGGUAGGUUGAUUGAAAAAAUGAGCGACAUUUUGAUGCGUAAUAUUUUAUUUAUUCAAGAGUGUUGAGAUCUAGUUAUGAACGAAUAACUUAGUAUAAACAAGAGUGGGUUUUUUAUAUGGUGUGAGGCCGUAAGGUCCUAUGAUGUCAUGACUCUUCAGGUAUCUCUUUUAGAUUGAUCAAAUAUUCAAGCUUUAUCGGUGUUAGAAGUUGUGUCACUUGCUGUUUUGCAUUUUACAUAUUUGCUUUUAUAACAGAGAAUAUUUAGUUUAUCGUAAUCCACUUUUAACGUGCCUCUAAUCCACACAGGCUGAGGAAGGCACCAAACGAAUGCGAAGGGAGUCGAGUGAUGCCCUGGAGUUGAAAUAUUUAUAUGAUAAGUAUCAUAAUAAACGUAGAAUUUCUCCAUCAGAAAGUAGGUAUGUAUGUCUCCUGCGGUGACAUAGGAAGACUUCCCGGUUAAUAUUUUAUGGAAUUCCAUUGAUCUUAUCGGACGUUAUUUUAGAUGUAUUUCUUAUAUAUUUACCGGAAUUAUUCUCAGUGAGGAAUCAAUCAAUAUUUUACUGGAAGUAUUAAAGGCAGUCUUGUCAGGAACAGAUUCUGAGGUUCGUUUUUUCCGCUUUCUCAUUUGAAACUGUGAGAGGAAUGGUUGAAUGAGCCUCAGUUACCUGACAUAUCUGUCGAAAACGUUUCUUGACAAUGUUCAACAGACAUUUGCUGAUGGUGAAGAGAUCAAAGGAAACUCUGCCAAUUAUUUUCGGUAUAAUAUCCUUCCAUUACAUCCUGACAGUUCCCAGCAAGAAAUUAUGCGGCUUCCUGAGGUCAGUGAUUGAUCAGAUAUAUCGCCUAUCUACUCCAUUAAACUUCCACAUGCUUCUACGUUUCAUAAGGACUGAAGAAAGAUCUCAACUAGGUAUUGUGGUCAUUUAUAUAUUUUGGAAAUGAGGCCCAAGAUUGAAGGAUGAAAUGUAUUUUACCAAGUAGGAGUAGACAAUGUACUGAAGGAUAAAUGUAUAAUCUUGUAAGUCCUAACACUAAAAAUUAUGUAGGAAAGAUAUAAAGCUUAACGAUAAGGUUUUCUGAAGUUUACAAGUUUACAAAUAUGUGGCCUUUGUUUUUGGUUGCAUCCUGGGAGAGCUAAUAUAUCAAGAGUUUUGGAGCUCAACGAUAAGGUCUUCUGAAGUUUACAAGUUUCUGCAGAUCAAAGCUUCCCUUGCUGCCAUUCGUAAUGUCCGCGGAUUGCCAUCAGAUAAAAGCUAUCGGAAAGAAAGUGCUCCUAUCGAUUUGAUUGAUUGGCUGCAGCACAUAUUUGGGUUCCAAGUAAUUUCCACCUUUCCUUGUUUAUUUUGCUGAUUAUCUUCUGCUAGUCCUCCUUGCAGCGAAAUUCCUUGGAGAAACUUCCUUCUGGCUUUACUUAUUUCUUUGGUUUGUUCUGCGGUCUCGCCAAGACAUGCUAACUAUCGUCUCUGCAGGAAGGAAAUGUUGCUAAUCAACGAGAACAUCUAGUAUUGCUGCUUGCCAACCUUCAUAUUAGGCAGAUUCCGAAGCCCACAUCGAUGUCAAAGGUGCUUGAAAUUGUUUACAGAGUUUUUCGCAUAAAUGUUUUUACAACAAUUGAAAUAUUUCUUAUGUCAGCUUGACGACCGAGCCAUCGAUGAACUGAUGGAAAAAUUGUUCAAAAACUACAGAAAAUGGUGCACAUUUUUAGGUCGAAAAAGUAAUAUCUGGUAAGCAUUUAGUUACUAUUAAUACGUUGCAAAUCAGAGUUCUCUGAAAUAUAUCCUUUGUCGCAAUGGCUCACAUUCUUGUGUUGAUUUUAUUCAUUUUAUCUUGCUUGAUUGAUUGUGCCCACAAAGGUUGCCAGAUGUGAAGCAAGAAGAGGAACAACAAAAGAUCCUGUACAUUAGCCUUUAUCUGCUAAUAUGGGGAGAGGCUUCAAACUUGCGACUCAUGCCCGAGUGUCUCUGCUACAUUUUUCAUCACGUAAUACGACAUUGGAGACAUUGUCUAUUCGCCUAUAUUCUUGGCACUUACUUUCUUCGAUAAUUUUUUCUAAGUUGCUUGAUGUCUUUUUCCGUAUGUUUGCUUAGUUAUUGCCCUUUAAGAUACGAGGAAUUUUCAUCCUCCCUUGCAAAGUUAUAUAUUAUGAGAUCCGUACACAUUCUCUAGACCAAAAACGCUCAUUUUUAUGAAUCACCUGACCGUCUCAGGGUUCAGAAAUUUACCAAUCUGUCUCCAUGGUUUAUCAAGACUAGAAACAAACGGCAUUUCUAAGUCUUAUGAGAAGAUGACCACCGUAGAAGACCCCUCCUGACAUCGGAUGCAUUCACAGAAGAUGAACUGUUGUCAGUCGCUCAUCUUGCUUGAAACCUUUGUUUUGUACGUUCAUUGUGUGGGUAAUAUAAAGUAAUAGAGUAAUGAAAAGUCUAGCAAUGAAAGAUUUCAAAAUUAUGCAUUGUUGUGAUUUUUUCGUCAAUCUUAACUGUGCACAAUUGUAGACGUCGCCAGCAGUUUAAUCCCUUCAAUGCGCUACCAUCUUCACUAAAUUUGUGGCCAAUAAAUAGCCUUUAGCGUGCUGGAUUAACAUACUGAGCCACAUAAGGAUCUUAGAAACUUGUCUUCUUAAAUCCUUCAUGGUUUAUCUCCAGCUUUCUAGUGAGCCGAUAUUCUUUUUGAGUGUCGUGCGACAAAAUCUUUUGAAUAAUUUAUUUUUUUACUCUACCUUGCAAUUGCAAUAUGUAUCGGUGGUUUUGAAUCUUUUGUGAUGAAUCAGAACUCCUAGGAAUCCAACCAAAGAAGAAGUUGGAUUAAAUCUUAAUCAAGCAUCUCACGUUAUAUUUAUGUUGCCUCCUGGUGAAGGGAUCCGGAAGAAGUAUUCUCCUCCUCAUCUGAAUCAUUUCCUUGUUAGUAAAAUAUCCCUUAUGAUCUAAUUUUUUUUUCGGGUUAUUUUACGUGCUAUGACUUGAACCAGACUUCCUAAAACAUGAUUUGAGAAUGGGAAGAAUAGAAAGAUAUGAUCGCUUACUCCAACAAACUCCACCGGUGUCUUGAUCCCUUACCUGUAGAUCGUAAGUCUUGAUCCCCACCAGUGUCUUCCAGAAGUGUUACCCUGCCUGCUCUUCAGAGGAACAUCCUCUUUAAUAUGGGGGGGGUUGAUAGUGUUGGUUGUAGUAUCAGGCGGCUCAGUAAAGUGCAGAGCAUAGAAAUGUGGGAAACUCGUUGUGUCAACUAGGCUGAUUUGGUUGUGACUCGUGCAAUUUUCGCCCAGAACCCACCCUCCUAGAUACCAUGUUCACGCCGAAUGUUUUUAUCUACUUGCAUUGACUGAUCCUUACGCCUGUCAGGGACUCAGACUGUUAAGAACCAAUGCAAAUUGAGAAGCAUCCCAUUAUCUGCAGUAAAGAAAAGGAGGACCACCCUCAGCUCACUACCUUUCAGGGUGGUAAAGCAAGAAUCUUUCUUGGUUCUUACCUUUUAAGUGGUGGGAGUGACCAAGAAUGGUGAUGGUGGGUUUCAAGAAGAUUAUGGACGCAUUUUUAUUUUUUUUUGCGGAUAGGAUGAUCGGAGCUGGUACUGAAAAUCAUCUGAUAUAAGUUAGCAGAAUUCAUCCAGUUAUUUCCGCACCAGGCCCAUGGCUGGCGAGGGCUCAUCCGAACUGUCUGUUUUUUAUUGAAAAUCCUAUUUUCACUGGCAGCUUUUCUUAGAAAGUUUGUAUAUAAUUAUUUGACUUAUCUCUGGUUAGCUAUAUGAUUAUAUACUGAUGUUAUAAAUAUAUCACUAGCAUGGUCUUAUCAUUUUACAGGCAUUGAGGUCUGUUUUAUGUCUACUCCACUUUUCUUGGCUCGUUAAAAAGGAAGAAUUUUUCCGUCGCUUGUUGUAGAUUUUCACUUCGUCUCCGUAUUGUAGAGGACUACGUGGCUGGUGGCGUUAAUCUGUCCUCCAAUCUGAAAGAAAACAACAAAAAAAAAGGGGCAUCAAUCGUUCUUCAACAAAUUUGUUCGCUUCAUUGUCGAUGAGAUGAAAACGCUCAGGAUGCCCAUGAAUAUUUAAAAAGUACAUGUGAUGCUCGAAACAGUUAUCCCCACGCAAUAAGGCCUUGCUAUAAGAGUUUAGGCGUGGUGAUUGUUAAUUUAGCUUCAAAUUGCUAACGUAUUUUUCCUGAUUGUGUCCCUCUCCGGGUCCUCCUUUCUCUUUGGUUGUUGUACUUGGGCAGAUGGCCCCCGUUGUCUUCUUCUGUGAAGCAGUUGUUUCCUCCGCAGAUGGCAUAUGAGUUAUCUGGCGUGCUAGCUGGUUCUAUCAGCUUGAACACCAGAGAGAAAGUCGUUCCAGCCUGUGGCGGAGAGCCUGAGUCUUUUCUUCGGAAUGUGGUCACCCCCUUGUACACGGUCAUUUCCGAGGUGCUGCAUCAAUCCGCCGUGUUCAAGGCUCAUUCCCACGUGCUUCAAUUCAAUCUCCUUUUUCUUGCUGAUCCAGGAAGCUCGGAGAAACAGCAAUGGGACUGCUGACCAUUCCAAGUGGAGAAACUAUGAUGAUCUGAACGAGUACUUCUGGUCAGCCGUGCGUGAAUGCUUCAUUUCCCUGAGGCUUCUUUCUGGAUACCCCCCAGAUUCAUGAUUUUCGGCAAUGCCUGCCCUUCUAAUGACUCAGGUGUAUUGAUUGUUUCAAGCUGGGAUGGCCGAUGCGCCUUGAAUGCGGCUUCUUUUCCGCCCCGUCGACGACCAAAGAUCGGGAGUCCGUGAAUCUUCAGGCAUCGUCGUCGUGCCUUACCCACGUCUUUUCCAACGUAUUCGUUUAGUAUGAUGUCCUUCUCGGAGGACACUGGGUGCAUUUAUUUAUUUUUACUCGUGAGAUUAAAAAAAAAAAAAAACUGAUUUCGACUUUAUUCGUAGGAAACUACCACAAGGAAGUGGAUUGGCAAGACGAACUUUGUGGAAAUACGUUCCUUUCUGCAUCUUUACAGAAGCUUCGAUAGGAUGUGGGCAUUCUUCAUACUAGCUUUCCAGGUAUAGUCCCAAGUGAGGGGGGGGGGGAUGGAUGAUGUUUGCUCUCUCCUGCUGUGGAUGAUGAAAUCCCCGUGCCUUGCGAAUUGCAGCUGAUGGUUAUUAUCGCUUGGCAUAACUUGGAGUCGCCCCUGGAAGUGUUUAAUUCUCCUACGUUUGAGGAUAUUAUGAGCGUAUUCGUCACGUCUGCCUUUAUAAGGCUUUCUACAGGUACAACAAUAGCACGCUAUUUCUUUUUUUCUCCAAUUCAGCUGAAUCGAUUCAUGUUUCCUUCAUUGCUGUAAUCCUUGUCGGAAAGGUACCACUUUUGGCAUCACAGACUCUGUUCUGAGGCCAACAUAUGGUGAGAAAAUUAGGCUAAAAUCCGUGGGACAAUCUUCUGGGCCGUACGGAACACAUUCUUGGGUGAAUAUUGAGAAAAUGUCGACUAUUAUUUUCUUCUCCUAAAAGGAAGCUUGAAUACAAAAUGAUCUGUGCUUUGCAGUUCUCCUUUCUUCCUUUGAGGAUUUUAUCGCCAUUCCGUCGCCUUUCAGCUGAACUGGUUUUCCUGGUCUUUUUCCCCGGAUAGAGAAGAGAUCAUCUUGUCCUCUCUUGUCCCAGUGACUCGACUUGCAUUGGAAAAUGAUGUAAAUAAUUCAUGCCCAUCCCCCCCCGCAGAUAAUAUGCAGACUUGCACUGAUAACUUUCUUCUCCUCAUCAGAUGGCACAAAAUUUAUGCUUCUGGUUGUGUAAAAAUCGCCACAAAAUAACUUCAUGCUGGCUGCCUCUGCUUUUCUUUUCUUUUCUUUUUUUUCUUUUUUUUUUAAUUAAACUAACUCUGGAACACCACCGGGCGUCAUUCCUAUUCUUCUUGCGCUAUGGAAUUUCAUAAAGGGAAAAAUGGGUGCUGGCCACUGAGGAUGUAUUUGUGCUUGUUGCAGUGGUCCUUGACAUUAUUUUUACGUGGAGAACGAGGCAAAAUAUGAGCACUUUCCAAAUGCUCGGAGUUGUGUUGAAAUUUUCGGUUGGUACCAUCUGGGUGAUCACUCUGCCCGUUUAUUAUGUAAAGUCCAGGCAAGAUUCUUUCUGUUCUGCGGACGAGGACUGGAGUCAGUUUGGCAGGCAAUGCCUGCCCCAAUAUAUGGUUGCAGUUGCGAUAUACAUGACGACGAAUGCCAUUGAGAUGGCGCUGCUCUUCCUUCCAUCCGUUGGCAGCUUCAUCGAGACAUCAGACUGGAGAAUCUUCGGCAUCUUAUUUUGGUGGGCCCAGGUGACAAUUCUGCGAUUGUCGCUCUCUUUGGUCGAUGACUGGUGAACCGGGGGAGGUCUCCUGGCUUGCCCGCACACCUUCCUCCCAGCUCCCGCUCCCGCUCCCCUCAUUCUGUCCAGCCGUGGGUCUUGAACCGAACUUCCAUCUCGCAGAGGUUUUUCAGAUUUAAAAGUACUCACUCUAAGAUAAUGAGAGUCUUUCCAAUAUCUUCAUCUCGUUCAUACAUAGGCAAGCAUUUUUCGUCCGGGAAAGGAUUGUUGCUCCUGCUCACAUGGCCAAUGGCCCCUCCUCUCCUGUGAAAUCAUUCUUUUUCUGUCUAUCUAUGGUUAUUUAUUUUGUUUAAUUGAUCUCUUGCUGACAUCCUUUGUUGUUAAUUCCUUCGUUGCAGCCGAGAUUAUAUAUAGGACGAGGAAUGCAGGAACACCAGAUAACCCUUUUAAAGUAUUCACCUGACUGGCUUAUUAUCUUAGGCUCAUUUGCUUCCCCCCCACACACACACACAACAGAAAGAAUAAAGAAUAUGGUUCUAUGAAUGAUAGUGAUUCUGUAAUUUUUUCAGGUACUCGAUGUUUUGGCUUUUAUUGUUGCCAUGCAAACUUGUAUUCAGCUUCCAGUUCGAGGUAACAAUUUUCUUGGCUUUUACUGAUCGCUGUCCAAAGGCAAUCGCUGUUUCGCAGACCAUUAUGACCGCUUGGUUACUUUGCUUUCGUCAUGUUUAUCUGUACGUUCAUGAUUUGUCUAGAAUCCUUAUUUUGAACCUUUUUUCUUUAUUUUUCUUUUAUUUAUUAUCUGGGUCCUUUUUUUCCUCAUCACAAGUUAGAAAACGCUCGAUUCAAGGUCAUAUUUUUUGCGUCUUCAUUGGACCCUCUGAAUGCUCCCGAGGAGGCCUUUUCCCUUUCCUUUCUGGCGUCUUCUCCAUUUCCUGCUGCGGAUUCGCUGCGUGGUGCGGUCUUCGAAUCUUUCGGAUCAUUGAUGUGAUUUCUCCCUCUGAAAUAUGCAGAUAAAGCCGCUUGUCGAGUCCACCAAGCAGAUCAUGGAAAUGAGUGUAAGAACCUACGAGUGGCAUGCGAUCUUUCCGAAAGGUGCUAAAAACCACUCUCGAUGUUUGGACCUUGUAGAACCUGGUUGGUAUCCGUCCAAAGUAAAUAACCCGUCGAUCUGUUUCCGUUCAGUGAAGAACAACUUCGGCGCAGUUCUUGCCAUUUGGACCCCAACUACGAUCGUGAGAGUUCCCUCACCUGUUUCAUCCGUUGCCCCCAUGGCAGGAGCCUCACAUGCCUCCCCGUGAUGAUGCGUUGUUUCGCAUGAUCUUCUGAUAUUUUGCAGGUCUAUUUCAUGGACACCCAGAUAUGGUAUUCCAUCUUCUGUUCUGUUUUUGGAGGGGUUUACGGCAUGUUCUGUCAUCUCGGAGAAGUGAGCUUCGUGUCCGAAAUCUCUGUGCUUCAUCUAAUUUCUCCAUAUUAUAAAAACCUAAAAAGCCUUCGUCCUUGACGACGCUUUCAGAUUCGCACGAUGGGCAUGGUGAGAAGUAAAUUCUCCUUCUUGCCAGCGGCAUUCAGUGCGCGCCUCAUUCCCCCUCCAGUCAAGAAGCGGCUCAGGGGAAACGCUAGAGGCCCUCUGGGGGAGAAGCCUUUGAGGGUGACACUCCGCCAUUUUCACCUCUCGGUUCGCUUCUUUCUCUCCCUUCUGAACCUCCUUUUCUGAAAGCGACGAUAACCCUUCGUUCAGGAAACGGAAACUCAAGGGCGUGACUACGUUACAUUCGCCGCGGUUUGGAAUCAGAUUAUUUACAGUUUCCGCGAAGAGGACCUGAUCAGCGACAGGUUGACUGGCUUUGCUUAUCUCUGUCCUUGUCCGGAAUGCGGCUUCUAGCGGCGUGAAGCUGAAUGGAACUCUUUCUGUUUAUCGACAGAGAGAGAGACCUGAUGAUCGUUCCGCUGUCAUCCGGCCUUGGUUCUAGCGGAGUCCACUGGCCCUUAUUCCUCUUGGCGACGAAGGUAUCUCCGAUGUUUCUACCCGUGCAGCAAGCUUCAUCAUCCUCAUCUCACCGCGCGACGUUCUGCGAAUCAGUUUUCGGCUGCGCUGAGCAUAGCUCGAGAAUUCGUCGGGGAAUAUCGCCUGCUCGACUCGAAAAUCAGGAGUGAUGUACACAUGUAUUCCGCCGUCAAGGAGUGUUACGACUUGCUCAACAAUAUCCUCGACUUGCUCGUGGUUGGUGACAGAGAGAGAAGGUGGAUAAACUUUCCCUCCGCUUCAAUUCAUUAUUCUACUGCCGGAGAACCGCUGACCUUUUUAGCGCCGACGACUUUAUGGCUUAAGUAUUCCCCGGUCUGUGGUUUCUUUGAAGGAUUGUAUCUGCCAUAACCACGGAAGUUGAAACGAGUGUCAGCUCGUCGAAUCUCCUCUCAGAGUUCAGGAUGAAUGAGCUGCCAGCUCUGCACGAGAAAUUUAUUCAGCUGGUUGAAAUACUGGUAAUUAUUUUCCCGGGCAUUUCGUAGAAUUUUUGCAUGGCCGCAUUCUUGGCGAUUGACGCAGGGCAUCGGGUUUGUUUCUUUUCUUCUUCUUUUCUUUAAAAAAAAAAGCUUGAAAAUAAUCGAGCACAGUCUAGCAACCUGGUUGAACUGCUACAAGACAUAUUCGAGAUUGUCACCAAGGACAUGAUGAUCCAUGGGCACAGGUCGGGCUGCUGGUUUAUCUAUCUAUCUAUCUAUCCGCUUCAGUCCUCUACUUUGGCGUUCCAACUCGGGGCGUGUGUCUGUGGCUUUUGGUGGCAGGAUCCUGGAUUCGAUUGAGGGCCCCCGAUCGUCGGAAGGAGAUGGUGCUUCUUUCCUGGAGUGGCAUGAGGCACCCUUGUUCACCCCAAAGGAUGGCGAACCCGUGCUUCGUUUUCCGCUGCCAGAUGAUGGCUCACUGAAAGAACAGGUGAGAGUUCGAUCGGUUUCUCAUCGACCUACCCUCGUGUGUAUCCCAAUUCCUCCGCCUCCCUGCCCUGGCUGUGCGCAGGUCAGGCGUCUGUUCCUGCUGCUCACCGCGGAGGAGACCGCGAUGGAUAUUCCUAUCAACUUGGAAGCUCGACGUCGUGUAACCUUCUUCGCGACAUCCCUUUUCAUGGACAUGCCCGAUGCUCCCAAAGCUCGCAACAUGCUGUCGUUCAGGUUUGUUCGGAAGCCCCACUUUCAGCGGCAUUCAUCGUGUGCUCCCUCCCUUCCUCUCUUCAAAGGCAAAUGGGAGGGUAGAAUUAAUUUCGAAGAAAAUUGAUUUAUUUAUUUUUUUCCUGAAAACCUGUGCCGGCGGCCUCUCAAAUCUACCUACCAAUCUAGAAACUUAUGCGGCCCAUCUUCAGAUACUCCGGACCGCAUUAAACUUCAACGGCGAAUGAUUUUGGGUGUCAGCUUCCAUGAUGCACUCUUCUACUUCUUUCUUUGCCCGAGCCCAUAUGAAUGCUUUUCUCUCCCUCCAUCAUAAUAUCUCGUGGGAUGUUGGAGUGACGGAGCGAUCCAUCAUCAGAGCGGAAACAGGUAGAGCUUGCUCUUCAUUAUACGUUGGAGAGCUCAAAAUCUAUGCUAUGCUCGGCAGCAGGCUGUAAUGCUCCUCCACAAGCCCAAGCCCAAGCCCAUCAACAUGUUAAGAGCACCCACCCCCACCCACCCACCCACUUAGAUGAUAUAUAUAGCUCCCAGAUUACUCAUGCAGUCCGAGUCCCGUGUGACCCGGGGCUCUGACUCUGUUUGUGUUGGCUCAGUGUCUUGACUCCAUACUACAAGGAGGAAGUCCAAUUUUCAGAGGGGGAUCUUCAUUCAAGCCAGGAUGGGGCCUCCAUCCUGUCCUACAUGCAGAAGAUCUAUCCAGGUAAUCUGGGGACCUAGCCCCCGGCUAGACUGGAGUUCAUUCGAGGGCGUUACCUAGUAACUGUCGUGCUCCGAAUGUAGAUGAGUGGAAGAACUUCUUGGAGCGCAUGGGCUACAAAGCAUCAGAGCGCCCCUUUGUCGAGGACUGCGACGAGGGACUCAACAGGGAGAUCACAAACUGGGCCUCUUUUCGCGGGCAAACGUUGAGUCGAACAGGUGAGGAAGAGCAAUCCGUGUCAGAAGCUUCUGUGCUGCCUCGGCGGCGGACGAUGACUCCGGCUCCGCUUUCAUCCCCUUGCCAGUCAGGGGAAUGAUGUACUAUCGGGAGGCAAUAAGGUUUCAAGCAUUUCUAGACAUGGCCAAAACUGAAGGUACGUGAUGAUCCUUCUGUCAUGCCCAUAAUUUACGCCGGAAUGGCGGAAAGUGUAGAGAACUAUCGCAACAUGAUCAACCCUGUGCACUCAGAUAUCUGUGGGGGAUACCAAGAAGUCGGGAGGGCGUGCGGCGGAAGAAGGGGCACGCAUUCAUUGUGGGCGCAGAUGGACGCGCUGGCGGAUAUCAAGUUCACGUACGUCGUCUCUUGCCAGGUCUACGGCGAGCACAAGGCUUCUGGGGAUCCUCGUGCUCGGCACAUCCUUGACCUGAUGAUAAGGUGACGGUGGGCCGCCUGCAUCUUUGCCGGAAGCGGCUUUUCGAGAUCUUUCGGUUUGUGUAGUCUGACCGUGACCACAUCUCGGCGGCGCCAUCAAAGGUACCCAUCUCUGCGCGUCGCUUACAUCGAGGAAAAGGAGGUGAUUGGACCGAACAAACCCCAGAAGGUCUAUUCGUCCGUGUUGGUUAAGGCAGUCAACGGCCUGGAGCAGGUAGCCCUCCCUUGCACAGCCGCCCUCGCUUCCAUCUUGCUGCGUUGAAAUCACGUCGGAUUGGCCCAUGCAGGUCGACCGCUGAACAACGCGGCGGCGGUGUGAGUGAUGCGUGCUUUUUUGUUCUCUCGUCUUUUCUCAUUUUAGUUCGCUGACCUAUCGGCGCGAGAGAUGAUUUUGCUCCAAGGAUUGAAAUUGGAGGCACUAGCGAGAUGGGGCAACGGGCAGGGUUGGAAACGUCCUGAUAGGAUUUGAGGUUCCAUACGGCCUGGCCUCAAGGAGCGUUGACCAUGCCGUCUGUCUGUCAAACCCCAAGGCCGUGUCUUAACAUUGCCCGGUUACGACAUGCAGAAGGUGUACCGGAUCAAGCUCCCAGGUCCCCCGAUUAUCGGAGAAGGGAAGCCUGAGAAUCAAAAUCAAGGAAUAAUCUUUACUCGCGGCGAGGCACUUCAAACAAUCGAUAUGAACCAGGUAUUCGGCCAUCCUACACCCCGCUGUGAUCCCACCUCUGAUCCGAACCAUAAAGCUUUCGUUCUCACUGCCCGGGGGAUCACACCCGGCCGACGUUUGUCCAGGACAACUACAUGGAGGAAGCCUUCAAGAUGAGAAACGUCCUGCAGGAACUACUCAAACCCGAAGGUGGACGGCCUCCGGCAAUACUGGGACUCGGAGAGCACAUAUUCACCGGAAGGUGGGACAGUUUCUUUUGCGUCGCCUAUUCUUCCGAUUUUAUUACGGUCGGUAGAUUCAUGCUUAUCCGGCGUCUCAUUGAUUUUUAUUGCGUUCGCAGCGUGUCGUCUCUGGCAUGGUUCAUGUCCUAUCAGGAGAGCAGCUUUGUGACCAUCGGCCAGAGAUUCCUGGCAAAGCCUCUCAGGUAUUCUCGUGGAUCCCAUCGUCUAAUUGUUGAGCGACAACGCGUCGGCUGCUUAUUGAGUUCGAUCGUCUCCUUCAUAGGGUGCGCUUCCACUACGGGCAUCCAGACAUAUUCGACCGGAUUUUCCAUGUGACCAGAGGUGGCCUGAGCAAGGCGUCGAAGACCAUCAACCUGAGUGAGGACGUCUUCGCCGGUACGAAGACCAUCUCUGUCGCGCAAAAAUAUGUUUUUUGUGUUACAUGCUCGCGAUCCUGCGGCUUCUCUUGACGGCGGCAGAUUUUGUUCUCCUCCACCAAGGAUUUAAUACGACGCUCCGGUGCGGGUCCGUGACGUACCGCGAGUACAUGAAGGUCGGCAAGGGGAGGGACGUCGGGCUGAACCAGAUCUCCAAGUUCGAAGCGAAGAUAGCGAACGGGAACGGCGAGCAGGCGCUCAGCCGCGACGUCUUCCGCCUCGGCCGUCGCUUCGAUUUCUUCCGGAUGCUGUCCUGCUAUUUCACGACGGUGGGCUUCUACCUGAGCGGCGUGGUGGGUGCUCGCUCACUCUCUCCCCGCUCAUUGUAGAGCCAACUCUGGAAGCAUAAGAAAUGACUCCCGGAGGUCGGCGGUGUCUGUUGCAGAUGUCGGUGCUGGCGGUGUAUGGCUUCCUCUAUGGGCAGCUCUACCUCGGCCUGAGCGGGCUGGAAAGGGCGCUCAUCGACGGGGCGAGGACGCAGAACAUGAGAUUCCUUGAAACGGCCCUCGCCUCUCAGUCUUUCAUCCAGAUGGGGCUCCUCACGGGGCUGCCGAUGAUGAUGGAGGUCGCCCUGGAGAAGGGUUUCCGCGAGGCGCUGACCGAUUUCAUCCUCAUGCACCUGCAACUCGCGUCCGUCUUCUUCACCUUCUCUCUCGGAACAAAGCUGCACUACUUCGGCCGGACGAUCCUCCACGGAGGGGCCAAGUACAGGCCGACGGGCCGUAAGUUCGUGGUGUUCCACGCGAGCUUCACCGAGAACUAUCGGCUGUACUCGCGCAGUCACUUCGUGAAGGGGUUCGAGCUGCUCUUCUUGCUGAUCCUCCACAACCUUUACGGCAGCAAACCCCAGGGGAGGAGCGCAGCGUAUGCCCUGGUGACGUGCUCCAUUUGGUUCCUGACCCUGACCUGGCUCUUCACCCCGUUUAUCUUCAACCCCUCCGGAUUCGCCUGGUGGAAGAUCGUGGAGGACUGGAUGGACUGGAACAGGUGGAUGAAGAACCAGGGCGACCUCGGCCUGCGGCAGGACAAGAGCUGGGAGACCUGGUGGAACGAUGAGCAGCUCCAUAUUCGAUAUUCCGGCCUCGGCUCUAUCACUCUCGACAUUCUCCUCUCGCUUCGCUUUUUUGUCUACCAGUACGGCCUCGUCUACCACCUCGACAUCUCGCAGGACGACAAGAACAUCGUCGUCUACGUUCUUUCCUGGGCUGUCAUCGUCGCCAUAUUCCUACUGGUUAAGGUAAGGAUACUGAGAGAGAGAGAGUUAAUUGACUGUGGACUGAUUAUUAUUAACCCCCUUUGUGGUGCUGCAGGUCGUAGCUGAGGGCCGGCGGCGUCUGAGUGUCGAUUUCCAUCUCAUGUACAGGCUUUUCAAGGCGGUCGUGCUUCUGGGCGUCGUAACCGCCGUGAUGGUGCUCUUCUCCGUCUGCAGGCUCUCCGUGAUGGACCUGUUCGUCUGCUGCUUCGCGUUCGUACCCACGGGGUGGGGGCUGCUUCGCGUUCGUACCCACGCGUUCGCCUUUGGGUAAGCUCUUCACGAUGAGAUAGAUCUCAAGGAAAAGGAAAAUUCUUGCAGAUUGCGCAGGCGAUCAGACCCAAAAUCGAGGGGUACUCGAUAUGGAGCUCCGUCGAGGCACUCGCGUACACCUACGACUAUGUGAUGGGUCUCCUGCUCUUCGCUCCGGUGGCGGCGCUGGCGUGGAUGCCCGUUGUGUCGGCGAUUCAGACUCGAGUUCUCUUCAACCAGGCGUUCACCCGGCACCUACAGAUCCAGCCGAUUCUCGGAGCCAAGAGCAAGCGCCGCUGA